AUGGCGGAGCCUGAUCCCUCUUCGGACCAGGAGCUGGAGAGCGAGCCACGCAGCUGGUCCCUGCUGGAGCAGCUGGGCCUGGCAGGGGCGGACCUGGCAGCCCCGGGGGUGCAGCAGCAGCUGGAGCUGGAGCGAGAGCGGCUGCGGCGGGAGAUCCGCAAGGAGCUGAAGCUGAAGGAGGGCGCCGAGAACCUGCGGCGGGCCACCACCGACCUGGGCCGCAGCCUGGGCCCCGUGGAGCUGCUGCUGCGUGGCUCGUCGCGCCGCCUCGACCUCCUGCACCAGCAGCUGCAGGAGCUACAUGCCCACGUAGUGCUGCCCGACCCUGUGGCUGCUGCCCGUGAUGACCCGCAGUCUCCGGGUGGAGGCAGCCCAGCCUGCUUGGCCACCAACCUGAGCCGUGUGGCUGGCCUGGAGAAGCAGCUGGCCAUCGAGCUGAAGGUGAAGCAGGGAGCAGAGAACAUGAUCCAGAUGUAUAGCCACGGCAGCACCAAGGACCGGAAGCUGCUGCUGACAGCCCAGCAGAUGCUGCAGGAUAGUAAGACCAAGAUCGACAUCAUCCGGAUGCAGCUGCGCCGGGCUCUGCAGGCUGGUCAGCUGGAGAGCCAGGUGGCCCCGGAUGAGGCCCAAGGGGGUCUGGACCUGGGGGCGGUGGAGCUACGCAUCGAGGAGCUACGGCACCACUUCCGAGUCGAGCACGCCGUGGCAGAGGGCGCCAAGAAUGUGCUUCGCCUUCUCAGUGCUGCCAAGGCCCCUGACCGCAAGGCUGUUAGCGAGGCCCAGGAGAAGCUAACUGAAUCAAACCAGAAGCUGGGGCUGCUGCGGGAGGCACUGGAGCGGCGCCUCGGGGAGCUGCCCGCCGACCACCCCAAGGGAAGGCUGCUGCGCGAGGAACUUGCCGCCGCCUCCUCUGCUGCCUUCAGCGUCCGCCUGGCCGGCCCCUUCCCUGCCACCCACUACAGCACCCUGUGCAAGCCCGCACCACUCACAGGGACACUGGAGGUGCGUGUGGUGGGCUGCAGAGACCUCCCAGAGACCAUUCCCUGGAACCCUUCACCCGCGGCGGGGGGAGCUGGGGCCUCCGACAGCCGUACCCCCUUCCUGAGCCGCCCAGCCCGGGGCCUUUACAGCCGAAGCGGAAGCCUUAGUGGCAGGAGCAGCCUCAAAGUUGAAGCUGAAAACACCAAUGGAGCAACCAAAAAACGUCUCCAGCCAUUGCCAGGUGUCCCCUGGGUGACCUUCCGGAACCCUGUCAUCGAGAGGAUCCCCCGACUCCGAAGACAGAAGAAAAUUUUCUCCAAGCAGCAGGGGAAGGCGUUUCAGCGCGCCAGGCAGAUGAACAUCGACGUGGCCACGUGGGUACGGCUGCUCAGGAGGUUCAUCCCCAGUGCCACGGCCACAGGCACGCUCAGCCCAGGGCCCUCGUUGGGACCCGAGGCCCGGCCUAUGGGUGACAUCUCUGUUGAGAAGCUGAACCUUGGGCCCAACUCAGACAGCUCGCCCCAAAAGAGCCCGUUGGAGCCUCCUUCCAGCCCAUCAAGCCUGAGUUCUCGAAUCCAAGAACUGCCCCCAACUCCUGAGCUACCUUCGGAGACCCAAGGCCCCGCCCUGUGCAGCCCUCUGAGGAAGUCACCCCUGACCCUGGAAGAUUUCAAGUUCCUGGCAGUGCUGGGCCGGGGUCACUUUGGGAAGGUACUGCUCUCUGAAUUCCGGCCCAGCGGGGAGCUGUUUGCCAUCAAGGCUUUGAAGAAAGGGGACAUUGUAGCCCGAGAUGAGGUGGAGAGCCUGAUGUGUGAGAAGCGGAUCCUGGCAGCUGUGACCAGCGCAGGGCACCCCUUCCUGGUGAACCUGUUCGGCUGUUUCCAGACGCCAGAGCACGUGUGCUUUGUGAUGGAGUACUCAGCUGGCGGUGACCUGAUGCUGCACAUCCAUAGCGAUGUCUUCUCUGAGCCCCGCGCAGUCUUUUAUUCGGCCUGUGUGGUGCUGGGCCUGCAGUUUCUCCAUGAACACAAGAUUGUCUACAGGGACCUGAAGUUGGACAAUUUGCUUCUGGACACCGAGGGCUAUGUCAAAAUUGCAGACUUUGGGCUCUGCAAGGAGGGGAUGGGCUUUGGGGACCGGACCAGCACGUUCUGUGGGACCCCGGAGUUCCUGGCACCCGAGGUGCUGACAGACACAUCGUACACACGGGCUGUGGACUGGUGGGGGCUGGGCGUACUGCUCUACGAGAUGCUGGUUGGGGAGUCCCCGUUCCCAGGGGACGAUGAGGAGGAGGUAUUCGACAGCAUCGUCAAUGAUGAGGUUCGCUACCCCCGCUUUCUGUCAGCUGAAGCCAUCGGCAUCAUGCGAAGGCUGCUGCGGCGGAAUCCAGAGCGGAGGUUGGGAUCCAGUGAGAGGGAUGCAGAGGAUGUGAAAAAACAGCCCUUCUUCAGGACACUGGGCUGGGACGCCCUGUUGGCCCGACGCCUGCCACCACCUUUCGUACCAACACUGUCCGGCCGCACCGAUGUCAGCAACUUUGACGAGGAGUUCACGGGGGAGGCACCUACGCUGAGCCCACCCCGCGAUGCACGGCCCCUCACCGCCACAGAGCAGGCAGCCUUCCGAGACUUCGACUUCUUGGCGGGCGGCUGCUAA